CUUAGCGGCUCUCAAACCCCAACAAAAAGGAGCCAUGCCUGCGAGGGCUGCAGGCUCAGGCAGCCCCCCCGCGACUGUCACACUGCUCCCUGAAAAUUUCCGCAACUGCGAGAAGGGGCAGCUCUGGCUCAACAGCAACGAGUUGGAAGCUGUGAGGCAAGCCUUAGCGGCGCAGAGCAGCAGAUUGUCGCUGCAAUGGGCCGUGGAACCUGUGUGGGUCUCUAAAGCCGAGUUCCUCAGGAGGAAGAACAUGAAGAUGGCGGACCCUUCCGACGAGGAGGAGGAAAAGGAUGCCACGAAUGGUGAGGGGUCGGCCAGCCCUAUCUCAGCACUGUCGGGAUCGAUGCUGUCUCACGGUCACGAUCUGUCUCACUUGCGCAAGGAUCUGCCCCUGAAAGACCGACGGGCUUUGGAGAAGCGAAAAGACCGGAAGGACCGGAAGGAUCCGCCUGCCAAAGGAGGGAGGUCCAACAAGCCGCCUUUGAAGCCUCCAAAAAGAAUCAAGAAGCCAAGUAAGCCAAGCAAGUCAGAGAGUGACGGCAACGCCAGUGAUGACGAUGAGGAUGAUGAGCAUCAAGAUGAGGAUGAGGAUAGGACGCCUGGGACGCCUGGGACGCCUGGGACGCCUGGGACGCCUGGGACGCCUGGGACCAGGGGUCCCAUGAAACCGAAACCGUCCACAGAUUCCAAGGCCACGCCGCAGGACACACCCAGUGUCUUUAAGGAGGGCUCAAAGGAGGAUCUCAAGGCGACAUAUUGGCAAAAGAAGGCCCAACAUGCCAAGCCUGAGAAGUUCCAGAAGGACUCGGACAAGGAGCCUGAUGACAAGGCUCUUGAAAGCAAGUCCGCAAAGGGCGAAAAAAGACCCAAUGAGGACAAGGACGACUUGUUGCAGGAAAUGGCGAUGCGGGGCAAGAAGAGCAAGACGGGAAGCAAAGAUGACGCAAGCGAUGAAGAAAUUGACGCAGCAAAGGCUCAACAGCAAGUUGAAUACUUGGACGGCCUGCGACAAAGGCUCUCAGAAACCCAGCGAGAUCAAUUGGCGAAUCGCUUUGGGCAGGCGAUGGACCUGCCUCAGAUGGACCAGGAAACUCGCCGGCAGCUGGCAUGGCACAUGGAAGAUCAGCUGGGUGUGCCACGGAACCAAGAUCUCUUCGAUGGAUGGAAUAAUUCCCCUCCUGCCAGUUGAAGCAUCACGGCAGCUGGGAGGUGGGCCGAUGGAUGUAGCAUAUGCAGCUGACUUGUUGGCCAAGUGUCAUGAAUCUGCAGAUUACUUCAGCUCCAGUAGGUCAGCAUGUAUAGCUGGUAUAGCUGUAGGAUUACUUUUUUGAUCUUUCCUGGGAUCUUCCUG